CUGAACGGGUUGCGUCAGCGUUUUGCAGAACUCACUGCGGACACUAACUAACAGCUGCUGCACUUAUUCCGCUUCUCACACGGCUUUGUUGGUUUCUGGUCUUUGUUACGGACUAUUUCAUCUGCGGGAAAAUCACAUCUGAAGAUCUACCUUGCAAAAUAUCGUCACUUUAAAACAGAACAAUGCAGGAGCAGCUGAUUUCCAGCUUUUCAUCUGAAGACUCAGGUCUCCCAUCCACACCGACAUCUGAUGCUCCAUCCAAACGCUUGUCCUGGAGCAACCUGAUGCAGAAACUGCACAGCAGCCAAAGCCUGGACUCCGAUGCAGACAAUCACAGCAGCACAGACGAUGCAUCAGAUGCAGGUUCCAUAUCCCUAGCCGAUCUGUCCGAAUCCGACUUGUUUUUCGACCCCACCGAAGAGGCGUUGUGCAAAGAAGUGGUGCAGCUCAUCGCACUUAACCUGACCGAUGCCAAAGACGGCGUCUUGCACUGCUCCAAACUCCUCAUUCCCGAGACGCUCCUGGAGCACAUCGGCCAGGAGCUGGUGCACCUGUCGGUCAGCGAGCCCUGUGGCCUUCGUGGUGCCCUCGUUGACCUUUGCGUGGAGCAGGAUGGAAGCUGCGAAGCCGUGGGACAGAUCGCAGUCGACCCAUACCUAGUGCCCACCUUCCAGCUCACACUCGUGCUGAGGCUCGACUCCAGGGGCUUUUGGCCGAAACUCCAGGGGCUUUUCGCCAGCAGAUCGUCUUCGUCUCCGGUUGUUAGACAUGCACUUAAACUGAGCACUGGAUUUAGAGUUAUUAAAAGAAAACUGUACAGCUCUGAAGAGCUUUUGAUUGAAGAAUGCUGAGCCCGACUGACUGAAUGUCCAUGUCAUGGAUUUGACCAGGUUUUAAAAUGAAGCUGGUCUCACAAGAGGCCUGAAGUGUUGUAUGACUGUUUAAAGCAGAAAGUUACCAACUCGCAGGGCAUUUGUAAUGCAGAUGUAGGGUAUAU